CACUUAUCCAAUAAAAAAAUUAAAAAUAAAACCAAAUCAAAUAAACCUCUUGAAUUAAAGAGAUAAACAACACACAAUACAAAAUAAAAGAAAAGAAAAACUACUUUCUCAAUAAUAAAUUCUAUAUACGUCUAUAAUCUACAACAAAACAAUCUACCCCAAUUAUGUUAUCAUUCUUUCGUAAAAUGUCGACGACAGACAAUGUGCCAGUGCCAGUGGCGACAACGGCAACGGCGACCAAAAGUCCAACACUAUCAUUUGACGAGGAGAUUUCAAUUGGUGAGGAAGCUUUACUCAAAGAAUUGGGAUACAAAGAUUCACAAGAUCUACAGGAGACAUUAUUUGAUGUUCUGCGUAGUAUUCGAGACCCAGAAAAACCAUGUACUUUGGAAGACUUGAAUGUUAUCUAUGAAGAAGGAAUAUUUGUUCUACCUCCAACAAAAUCGAAUGUUUAUGUGGUUCGAGUUGAAUUCAAUCCCACAGUUCCUCACUGUUCGCUGGCGACUUUAAUUGGUUUGUGCAUUCGAGUUAAGGUGGAAAGAAGCUUGCCUCACAAUAUUAAAUUGGAUAUAUACAUUAAAAAGGGAGCUCACUCCACAGAAGAUGAAAUUAAUAAACAAAUAAACGACAAGGAACGAAUAGCAGCAGCAAUGGAAAAUCCAAGCCUUAGAGAGUUAGUUGAAAAUUGUAUCAAAGAUGAAGACUAGCUCAUGUAUUUGUAUCUUAAAUUAUUAUUAUUCUAUUCAAAAAAUACGAGCAACGAUUAUGAUUCUUGUGUUCGAAACAUAAAAAAAACUGUAAUUUACAAAAAAUAUUCUAAGGCAAUGGGAUAGGGCGGUGCUCUAAAAAGUAAAGAAAACAAAACAAAAACCUAAUAGUGAUUAUAUUGACUGUUGAUUCAUAUUUACCAUUUAAUAUUUUUAAGCCUAUGGAUUAUCUUGUUUAUAGGUAAUCAGAAUGAUUUAUUAAUAGUAUUUGUAACUGAUUAAAGUAAACGUAACAUUUGUAUUACCUUUGCAAUUAAAGCUCGUUUUAUUUAGUUU